AUGACUGAAACCUCACGUAUUUACAUGGAGGGGAUUGAUCUUAUCCCUCCUCACCCAGGCAGCAAUUGGACUCGCUUCGUCUGCAUCUCAGAUACCCACUCUCAUACUUUUCACAUACCCGCCGGCGACGUUCUGCUGCAUGCUGGUGACUUGAGUAGCUGGGGUAGCCUUUCGCAAUUGAUCGUCACAGUCGAAUGGUUGAAAUCACUGAAUCACCCCGUGAAAAUGCGGUUGAUAACCUGUGAUGGAUCAAGCAUGGUAGCAGGCAAUCAUGACGUACGUCUUAAGCUGGAGGUCCAGCAAGCACGAACCUAUGUACGGAGUCAAGCAGGAGCAGGUCUGUACUAUCUCGAGCAUGAACGCUUUCGGUUCAUGUUACCCUCGGGGCGUGAAUGGAAGGUCUAUGGCUCACCGGCUGCUCCAUUAUAUGCUCAAGGAGCAUUUCAAUACGAGUCCACAGACGAGGCACGAGUGAUCUACAGCCGUAUACCAGAAGAUACGGAUAUCCUGAUCACACACACUCCUCCUUUCAUGACUUUCGACACAACAAGAACCGGCAAGCACGCUGGAUGCCGCGUCUUGUCAAGCAAAUUAACGCAGCUGCGAAAAUGCCGGCUGCACGUCUUCGGCCACAUCCAUGAAUGUGCUGGAGCACAAAUCAGCGCUGAUGACCCAUUCAGACUAGUCGACAGUGUGUCCGUGAAUGCAGCCAUGGCCAUGACGAAGAAGGCGGUCGUUGUAGACCUACGGAACUAA